AUGAGCAUCGCGUCGCCGUCACCGCAUGUCAUGGACAUGGCGACGAUAGACGACGCCGCAGCUGACGACGCAUACGCAACCGUCGAUGUCUGGAGCGAUGGAUUGCUCUCAGAAUCCGACGGCAGGGAUCAGUCCAGCCUCGGUCGGACGAUCGGUUUGCCGGCCUAUACUGACGACGACAGGAGCGAUUGCGAUACGCACUGCCUGCUGUUCGGCCGCAGUUUCUCCCGCUAUCGGCGCCGGCUCUGGUUCUUCUCCGCACUCUCGCCGGCUUUGCCUGGCGAUGACCGCAACGCUUCAGGCGGCGGCUGUCAGCUGCCGCCGCACUGCAAGCCGUGGCGCGGCGGGGAUGCGCGGAGUCGGCGCGAGAUUCCGCCGCAUGGCGUCGAUAGAAAGAGGGCAAGGCGGAGGUUGGAGGAAGCAGGGGGAAAGAUGGACGAGGAGGCGGAGGAAGCGGAGGAGGAGGGGGAGGAGGGGGAAAGGGGGGGAAGUGGAGAGGAGAGUGAUGGGAGGGAGACGGGGGUCAAACGGUGGAUGCGAGGGCCUGUGGGGCUGUAUGUCAGCGUGAUGGUGCUGCUCUUCCUCGCGCUAUUCAUCACCGCCUUCACCGCGUGCGGCCUCGUCGCCUGGUACCUCUCCCCCGCCGCCUCCGCGCCUCCGUGCGCCUCUCCCCCCGCCUCCUCCCCCUCUGCUUCCCCCCCUUCCUCCUACUCCGCCUCCGCCUCCGCUCCCCCCUUUGCCGCCACCCCUCCCGACGCCUCCUUGCGCGAGCACCUGCUAGUCUCCCUGCAGAACGCGACAGUGGCGGCGCUUCUGCCGCCGCUGAACGCGCUGAACGGCAUGGCGGUGCUGCUAACGCCCACUGCGCGCGACAUGGGGGGAAAGGCUGUGGCGAGGGGGACGAGGGGCCGGGCGCGGGCGCUAGCACGGCUCAUGCGCAAGGUCGUCCCGCACAUGUAUCCUGCAUUUCUGGGAGCACCAUCACUGUCGGCUGUGGUGCUUCAGACAUACAACCGCUCUGUACCCACCCAAUUCGUGGGUUACUACCGUAAUUGGACUGCUGACUCACUGCUAACCCAUUCCCCGCACUCGUCACUCCCUUCUGAUACCCCUCCGUACCCUACACGUGCGUCGGCCCCUCUCUUCCCACCAUCCACUGACGUAGCAGCACCUCCUGACAAUACACCUGGUAACUCACCUGCUAAUUCACCUGUGUACACACCUGACAACUCGCCUGACAGCAGCACAGAAACACCUGGCAACACCACCGCUUCGACCAACGCAUCGUCUUUGUCUCUCCCGUCUCUCCCUCUCCUCUCCGCCUCAUCGCUCUUCUUCGGACUUACCCCAUCAGUCGCCACCACUGCCACCACCACCCUAUCCGCCUUCCUCUCCCCCGUCAACCCCUACGACGGCCUCCCCAUCACCUCCCCACCGCCCGCUCCCACUGCCCUACCCCCGUUGCUGGCUCCCCACUCCCUCCGCGCCACUGUUCCGCCAACCCCCUCCCCCGUCUGGUUACUUGCGCCCAACGCCUCCCCCUCUCUCCUCGUCGCCUCUCUGCUCCCUUUUGAGGGGUCCGCGUCCGCGUCCGCGCAGCCCUGGGCGGUGCUUUCCGCGCUGUUGCCCUUCCGCCACCUCUCCCUCCUCCUCUCCUCCCUCUCCCUGCCCCCAGGCGCUGCGUUGCUGCUGCUAUCCCAGUCCCUCAUCUCCCCUUUCCCUCAUUCCCGCAUUUCCGUCAAUCCCUCACUCCCUCAUCCCCCCAUUGGCUCAUCACAGGACGGCUACCUCGUGGCGUCAUCUCGCCUCUCCUCCCAGCAAGACCACGAGCUGCGCACACCGAUGGCGGGCAUCAUAGGGCUGAUGGACAUCCUGCAGUGCGACGACAACCUCCACGAGCUGCGCACGCCAAUGGCGGGCAUCAUAGGGCUGAUGGACAUCCUGCAGUGCGACGACAACCUGACGGCGGACCAGCUGGACAUUGUCGCUCAGAUCCACCGCUGCGCCAUGGCGCUGCUCGGCAUCCUCAACAACAUCCUCGACCUCAGCAAGGUGGAGGCGGGGAAGUUGGAGCUAGCAGAGGAGCGGUUCAACCCAGCGAGAGAGCUGGAGGGCCUGGUGGACCUCUUUGCCGUGCAGUGCGCCUCCUCCGGCCUCGACAUUGCUCUCGACCUCGAUGACGAUUUGUCCACAGAAGUGAUCGGUGAUGCGCCGCGCUUCCGGCAGAUAUUUGCCAACCUGCUGUCAAACGCCAUAAAGUUCACACCCCAGGGCUGGAUCACCAUCCGCGGCUACACCCAGCAGCUCGGCGCCUACCGCUCUGCUGCUGAUUUGAUCCCCACUCCGCGCGCAUACACCCAGCCUGAGGCGCCGCCUGGGUUUGGGUUUGAAGCGGUGGGAGGCGGUGGUGGGGUGUGGCGGAAGGGCGGGGAGAGCCGGGUGCCUGCGUGCAGGUCGAUGGGUGCUGUGAGCGAGAGGAAUGGUGGGAAGGGGUGGGGAGGGGUGGAGGAGGCGGUGGAGGAGGGGAGGGGAGGCGGGGCGGUGGGGUCGGAGAAAGUGGUGCUGCAUUUCGAAGUGGAAGACUCGGGUGUUGGCCCCUCUUUAAGUCCCCCAAUUCCCGUCCGCUGUCUCCCCAUCUGCCUUCCCAUUUCUCCCCCCCUCAAACCCCAUCUCUCUCCUGUCGAACCCAACUUCAUCUUUCCCCUUUCCAACCAUGCAUCACGCCACCCUGAUCUGAACAGCCACGGUGGCUCGGGCAUUGGGCUGAGCAUAGUAAAAGGCUUUGUGGAGCGAAUGGGCGGCUUCAUAGCCGUGGUUCCCAAGGAUUCCCCUGGCACGCGCUUCGCCUUCCACCUCUGCUUCCAACGCCCCCCACCCGCCUCCCCUCCCCUCCCAUCGUCCCCCCACGGCCUCUCCUCCGGAAACCCGUUUCUCCCGAACGAGCAAUCGUUGUCCUUCCCCACCUCCCCGCCCACGCACUCGCUGAAUCCCACUUCUGCCUUCGACCCUCUCUCCACCUCGCCGCCUCACGCCCACGCAUUAUCAGCUGCACCAUCACAGUCGCCCCCACGAGCAGCAGCAGCAGCACCACCAGCAGCAGCAGCAGCGACAGGGCGCCGCGCCUUCCCCUCUCGGGCGUCCAGGCGGGCGUGUCUGGCCCCGCCGCCAGAGCUACGAGGGGUGCGCGUGCUGCUGUGUGUGGAGGACGCUGUAGACGUGGCCGUGGUGGAGCGGUGGCUGGCACGGCACCGCGUGCGGUCAGGGAGGACCGAGAGCACCAAGGAGCUGCUCGUGGCUGUUAGGGACUGGGCUGCUAAGGCGAGCCUUAGGCACAAGCAGCAGCGGCAGCAGCCGUGGGCGCAGCAGGGGCACGGGCAGGGGCAGCAGCAGAGGUUGCAGUCGCAGGGGUCGAAUCCGUUUGUGGAUACGAACGAUGGUUGUGACCGGGUCGAGUCUGUCGCUGCUUGGAGCGCUGCUGCUACUGCCGCUGCCGGUUCUGGUGCUAGCUCCACUGCCAAUGGCGGAGGGGAGGAGGAACCUUGGCAAAAAGGGCAGGAGCAGCAGCAGGGGGAAGAGCAGGAGGAGGGGUUAGACGAGGAUGCAGAGGAGCGGCUGCUAGUGCUCUUAGAGAUCGAGAAGCUGCCAGGCAUGGCGCAGACGCCUCCCGACGUGGCCAAGGUGCGUGCGUUCCUCACCAAGCUGCGCUCCUUCCAACCCAGCGGCGUCGUCUUUGCCUGGGUCCUCACCCCCGCCGCCGCCCCCUCCCUCCGCUCCACCCUCCGCGGAUUCUCCGUUGUGAAACCUCUCCAUCCGGGGAAGCUGCGGCGCGUGCUGGGGCUUAUGGGCCCCACCAGCCAUGCUAGCCACGGCAGCCACAUGAGUCACAGCAGCAGCAUAACCAGCAGCACGCUCUCCCUCUCGCGCCGCAACAGCUCCGCAUCCUUCGGGUCCGGCCAGCUGGAAAUGCUGCUUGCAAGCGGCAUAGACCUCGCCCACGACCUCCCUCCCCGGCCGCACUGGCCCCCAGGCGCAGGGACCGGGCUGCGAGGCAGCGGGGGCAGCGUAGGAACUGGAGGAACAGGAGGCAGCGGAGGGAGUGGGUUGCAGCGAGGGGCGUCGUCUGUGGCAGCGCUCAUGUCCGGUGGGCUCAUGGACGCCUCCCCUCGCCGGACUAGCUCCAUGUCCUCUCGCUCGCCGCCAAGAGUCUCUCCUCCUCGCACGUUGAUGCCCAUCCCGCGCCUGUCCUCUACUCCCCAAGCUCCACUGCCUGCGCGUGCGGGUCAUUUUGCCUCGGUGCCGUCUGGGGGGUAUCCCCGCCCUGCCCGCCGCCUCAUGACUGCUCUCUCCACUCCGCUUGACUUUGCUGCUGCUCUUGGCCUUGCUGUCCCUUCUGCUGCUGGUGCUGCUGGUGGUAUGGGCAUGGGUGCCCCUGGUGCUGGUGCUGGCUCUGCAGGUGGUGGUGGUGGUGCUGCUGCUGCUCUUGCAGCUGCCUUCCCUGCCCCCACCUCCCUCCCCCUCUCCCUUCUCCCCCCCAUCCCUCACUCUGCUACCUCCACCACCCCAUUCACUACUGCUGCCAACAGCAGCGGCAACGGUAUGGGCAUGGGCAUGGGGAUGGGUCUGGCUCCGCGCAGCUGGUCGGAAGAUACGCCGUAUUCGGACGGAUCGUCCUCCGCCGCACUCUCCUCCUCCACAGGACGCUGCCCGCCCUCCUCCCUCGCUCGCACCAUGUCCAGCGCUGCAGCUAUCAGAGCACAGCUCGGCGCCACCCUCGCUGCUGCCACUGCAACCCGCGAAGCCGCCGCUGCUGCUGCUGCUGCCGCCGCAGCAGCAGCAGGAGGGGGAGGAGGAGGAGGAGGAGGAGGAGGUUUUGCGGAGAGCAGAGCGAGGGGGUUGGGGCCAAGUGCGAGUAUGAGCAGGGAGGGCAGCGGGAACAUGCUUCGCCCGGCGACCCAUGCUGGCCUAUCAGGGCGGCCGCCGUUGGGGAGGCUACCAGCUCCCGGGUUGAGUCCACUGGGGCAGCGCAUCAGUGCGUCGUUCAAUGUGCGCAUGGUGGCCGCCGGCGUUAGCGCUGCUGUUGAAGCUGUUAAUGCAGGCGGAUCCGGGAAUCCCGGCGGUGUUGGUGGUAGUGGUGGUGGUGGGGGGGGGUAUGGUGGGUUUGGUACGUUGGGAGCAGGUGUGGCGGGUAGAGCGAGAGCAGGAGGGGAAGCAGCAGCGGGUACUGGCGUGGGUGGUGGUGGCUGGGGCAGUGGUGGCGGUGGUGGUGGUACUGCUGCUGCUGCUGCUGCUGCCGCUGUGGCAAUGGGCAGUGCUAGAGGGGGUGAUAGGGAUUCUGUAGACAUGGCAGAUGGGGGUGUGAGGAGGCCGAGGACGAGUGAGGGAUGGGGGAAACGAAGCCGAGUGGAGAUGGAGGAAGGGGGGGCGCCGUGGAUUGAAGGAGGUGAGAGAGGGUUGAGAAGGGUACUGAGGGGUUCUGCAGAUGGGCUGGACGCAGAGAGGGGAGAGAUGGAGGAUGGUGAGAUGCGGCACGGGGAUAUGGGGGCCGAGAUUUUGGAGGUGGGGCGGGCAGGUGGCAUGGAGGGGGGAUCGCGGGGGGAGUUUCAGCACGAAGUAAGAUUCGACUCUCGUGCUCUGAUGCAGAGUGGCCCCCGCACGCUGCAGCGGCAGCAACUGCCAGGGUUCAGGGAAGGGCUGGGAGGACGGGUAGGGGGAGGGGGAGGGGGAAGCAGGAUUGGAGGGAGUUUCAGUGAGAGGAGCACUGGUGGAGGAAGCUUCAGGGAACGAGGUGGGGUUGGAACAGUGGGAGGGAGUUUUAGGGAAAGAGUUGGAGUUGGUGGGAGCUUCAAGGAGGGAGAAGGAGAGGAAGGAAGGUCAUCGCCGCGAGUGGGAGCAGCAGAGGAGGCAGGGGGAAUUGGGGGGGCGAUAGGAGCGGGCGAGGAGGGAUUGGUGAGUUUAGAACGGCUUCCAGAGCUGACUGCUGCUGCUGCUGCCGCAUCUGAGACUGUAGGGAAGGGGAAGAAGGUGCGUAAGGUGGUGAAGGGGGCAGCAGGUAGUGGCAAGGGAUUGACAGGGAAGGUUAAAGGAGUGAAGGGGGGGAAGAAGGGGAAGGAUGAUGAUGCUGGAAAGGCAGUAGAGAAGGUCAAGGGGAAAGCUGUGGGGAAAGCAAAGGGCAAGGGAUUGGGCAAGGGGGUGGGGAAAAGAGCAGCAGUAGGAGAUGAAUGUGGGGAGGGGGUGGGCGAAGUGAGUGGGUGCAAAGUGGUCAAGAAGGGUGCAGGUGUCUUGAAGAGAGUGGGGAGCAAAGGGGGUGGGAAGAAGGGCAGGGAGGGCGGGGGAGCCCCCUCCACCUCCUCCUUCUCCUCCUCCUCCUCCAACUCCUCCGCCUCGCUCGCGAUCCCCUCCCCGAAAACGCACCCCCCCACCGCCCCGUCGACCCCGCAGCGCACGGCACCACCACCCCGCAGCCCCACGGGACGGGGGCAGCUGAACGGGAAACCCCUGAGUAGUCUCCGUCUGGGCGGGUACUGCGUUCUGCUGGCAGAAGAUACCAUGGUGAUGCGACGCCUGGCGACAAUGAUGCUGGAGAAGAUGGGAGCGGCGGUGGUCGCAGUGGAGGACGGGCAGGCUGCGACAGAAGCUGUGUUGGAGAGGGAGAAGCAGGCGGCGGCAGGGAAAGCAGAGCCGUUUGAUGCGGUGAUAAUGGAUUGCCAGAUGCCAAGGAUGGAUGGGUACGUGGCGACGAGGUGGAUCAGGGCGAGGGAGAAGGAGGUGGGGGAUGGGAGGCAUUUGCCGGUGGUGGCGCUGACGGCUCAUGCGAUGGCGAGUGAUCGAGAGCACUGCUUGGCGUCUGGCAUGGAUGCGUAUUUGACCAAGCCGGCGAAUGCGGCGCAGCUGGUGGCGACGCUGCAUAAGCUGGUGAAGAAAGUGCCUUCGUGA